AGUGGGUAAGAGUUAAUGUUUACUAAGGAUAUAACUUUUCAUACCUGGCUCUAGGACUAGGAGGCAACUCCCAACUUAAAUAAGCAGUUUUGUACUCCCUGCUCCCUUACUUUCAAUCAAAUAAGCAUGGGGCUGUUUAGGUUAAAGAGACAAACCAGCACAAGUAUUUUCAUACCCCCUCCUCGCCCCCCUCCUCGAGCACACAAACACAUUUUCAUUUCAUUUGGAGAACAGCUUGCAGAUUAACAAACACAAAUCGUUUCACAGAAAUAAAAAAUAAAAAACAUUUAAAAAAAUAUACACUUGUUUGGGUAAGUGGAAGAGGAAAUGACAGUCCCCGUUUCUGGAUAAUGGUACGUGCCUCUUGAAUGAUUUACAGACUUGAAGAUUGAUUCACAGGACAGGGCUCUAAGAGAGACACUGUAAGAUGGCUGAAGGGAAAGUAACAGUGCUCACAAUCCUGCCGGAGAAAUUCAACCUCCAUCUCGAGAAUUACAAGAAACCAAGCCUGCUGUAUUGUUACAAUGGAGGCUAUUUCCUGCGAGUACUUCCUAAUGGGGCAGUAGAUGGCACCAGAGACAGAAGCGACAAACAUAUUCAACUGCAGGUCACUGCCGAGAAUGUAGGAGUGGUGUCCAUAAAGGGAGUAGAAGCUGGGAGAUAUUUAGCAAUGAGCACAGAUGGACAGCUGUGCGGAUCAACACUUACAGAUGAAUGCUUCUUUCUGGAAACGCUAGAAGAAAAUCAUUACACCACUUACAAAGCCCAGAAAUACCAAGACAGAAACUGGUACGUGGGAAUCAAGAAGAAUGGAAGCUGCAAGUCUGGAGAAAAGACUCACAUUGGACAGAAGGCUAUUCUCUUCCUCCCUCUUUCAGCCAGCUGAGAUUAGUCAAAUGGACCACUGGAACCAGGGGCCAGCAGCAGCCUGAAAAUAAGUGCUGUUCUAUUAAAUACAGUGUAAUGUUUCUCCUUCAACACAAACACAUACAGAUCAAUAAAAUAUCAUUACUAGGACACUAUCGCUAUGGACCAAUCACAGGUAAGGGAAGAGGAAAUGCUCAACAUUCUCAGAGAACAGCAGCAUGGUCUUUAAGAAGGCAAGGUGCAUGGGUGUCCUGUCGCAGUUGAUAGAACACAGUUUCAUUUCAGUUUCAUGGUCUGACAUUGCCUGCUUGCCAUUAAAAUCCACAAUUUAAACAAAGAAGCAUGGAAUGUACUGGUUUUACGAUGGACCGACAUUUUUUACUGUGCAUUACCAUGGAAACAUUUAGCAGAUUUGCAUUGUGCUCUUCUACACUUUAUUAUAUUUUUAGUCACAUAGUAUAUCACACUAAACAUGUAUAACAGGGGAGCCAGGCUUAAUUCCCUCUAAAGGCUCUGUUGGAACCAUAUGUACCUGCAGUUUGUCUUUGAGUUAUAUACACAUAGUAUAGUAUACAUAUAGUUUGAUAAAACUAGCAAGCCUGUGCCUCAGGUGUGAGUACAUCCUUUAGGUGUGGGUUUAUACCAUCAUCAUUUUCAAU